AUGACCGUGCCUAUCUUGCCGGACCCCUUCACUCGCUUACCCGCGGAGGUCAUGCACUGCAUACGCGAAUUUCAUUCGCCACACACACGCUAUGGGUAUCGCGGCGAGGAACACGUGCUGCUCGCUAUUGUGAGGAUCUCUGGCUUUCGCAAUGACGGGAGCGCGCAGAUUGCGAUCCUCUGCUUACCAUGCUCAGCCCUCCGCCGCAGUCCCAAUACUGGUUUCGCAUCGUGAUGGCGGCCAAGUGGCGCCAUCUCGAGGCGCCUGUAAAUAGAGUUCUGGGUCAUAUCGAGACUUACAGAAGGUUUCCCUGGCUUCAACAAGAAGUCAUGUCGCUGAAAAUUGGCGGAAGCUAUCCAUUGUGCAACUUUUCAGGUCACAUUUGGGGCCACCUUGGCUCGACGAUGGUAGAUCCCGACGUCCGGCUCGUGCCCUCUCUGGGCGAGAGAGUGUUCAUGGAUUUAAGGCGUAUCAUGCGCGUGCCGUUUGAUCGCUGUAUAGACGAAGAUGCAGAACCUGAGGAGGACAAAGAAGUAUGGAAGGCGAAUGUGGCACAGGAGCGGGAAGAAGGAGAUUUGCCAUGCGAGUGCGAGAUGUGCCAACGAAUCGACGAGCCCAAUUGGCCUUUUCCAGAGUCGCAAGAUUUUUACGAUGACGACGCUUUCACUGUCCAAGACCUGGUCUGCAGUGACACACACGUCUUCCGGAGACUUGAUGGACCGUACGGACGUGGCGCCGUCCCCGGAAUCAGCAGCUUCAACGACUUCUGGAAGGAGGCGGGUGUUCUGAUUGAUCUGGUCAGACCAAAACAUCUCCAACUAGCUGACAGAGCGUCUCCAGUGCCGAAGCCCCUAGCGAGUGCCAUUACGGACUUACAUUGUGUCAAGCAUCUAGAAAUACAAGACGCAUACCCAUACUUCUGCAUUCCAGGCAAGCUGAGCUCCCGCGCGCCGAGAUGUGCGAAAAAUAGGCUGAUGUUCGGCUCUCUUCGGUCUCUCCCAGCUCACUACACGAAGAUGGUCGCCAACGUGGAAGAGCUCAGCAUGAGUCUAGACUGGCAUGGCCAUGAAAUGAUCUAUUUCUGGGGCAGCGACCCCAAGCAACGCGAUGAGAAAGAAUCCACAACUCAAAGUUGCCACAGCGAAGGAGAGGUGAAGGGCGAUAGGGCGUGCUUUCUGAAUGACGACGACGAUGAAAAGCAUGAGGACGAUUUAUCCGAUAAGCGGGAUGGCUGGAGCUCGAUGUCGCUGGGCAGCAUCGCGACAGCUACCGACUCGCUGGGCCGAAAGAUGCUCGAGCGCACAACAUGGAGUGGUUUCGAGCGCUCCAUAGAUGAUGCGCCUGCAAAUUCGUUGUCGGGUCGACUGCUCGAUCUCAUCGAAUCUGCCACGCAGCUUCGGCGGCUUACUCUACUCGAUGAUCGAACAUGCGUAGCUCUGUUGAGCGCUCGUUUGCUCCCGGUUUACGCCACUCUUGAUUCUGUCGACACAUUCAUCACCAAAUCUGGAAUUGCGCAAGAGAACACCGCGAAGUCAAGACAUGAUGUAGACGCCCACCUUGCGCACACAAUACCUUUGAGCAGCCUACGAGAUGCUUUCUUGGCGCUCGCUCAUGACAGCGAUCCACCACGUGCACUUAGAGAGUCAGACGUUCACAAUGUAGCCGACCAACCCGACUUCUGGGUCUUGUCAAAGAACUUGCACAGGAUGGCAAGUGCAAUAGUCCAAAAAUUCAACGAGCGCGAGAAGCUUGGGGGCGCUGGGCAUCCUGACACUGCCGCUAAAGGGUAG